GUCUCCAAGUUGAAAGAAGUCCACUCAGUGUUUCAUACAAAUUUAUCCAUUUACCUACGGUGUAUAUUUUUGUGCAGGAAGACCCAGCAAUUUUCAAGGAAACCAUGUUUAUGUUGAAGAUCUCUGCCUUUCUUGUUGCUUAUGCCCUGGUUAUUUGCCAGAUGUACAGCUCCCAAGCAGCUCCUGCCAGACCUGGUUUAGAGUCUCUGACAGAGCGGGUCACGCUGACAGACUAUGAAGCGCGGCGGUUACUAAACGCCAUUGUCAAGGAGUUUGUGCAGAUGACAGCAGAGGAGCUGGAACAGCAAGUAAAUGAAGGAAAUAGCAGCGUUACAGCACAGAAGCGAGCGUGCAACACUGCCACCUGCGUGACUCACCGCUUGGCGGACUUCCUGAGCAGGUCGGGGGGCAUCGCCAGCAGCAGUUUUGUCCCCACCAACGUAGGCGCCCACGCGUUCGGCCGGCGGAGGAGACACACCCAGAUGUGAACAUUCCACCAGCCUUCAGGGAAAGGAGGUUGACCCUUCUCAACAAGAUGACAUCAUGUCCAAUCUAGGCAGAAAAAAAAACGUGACAGCCACCACAUUCAUCCUCCCCGUCCACAGAAGAGCGGCUCCCAGGCCACGACACGACUCUCACAUGCUCUCUUGAUGUUAUAACCCUUCCAUUUUGCUUUUGGCAAUCAUGACAAAAAGACGGAAAAAAAAAACAUUACUUUUGCUAUGUACAUCAGACGAC